AUGUCCGAGCACCAGAACGCGAAACUUCCUCCCGCUGCUCUUGUCCGUCUCUUCGAGAUUCACCUGGCUCUUGUCCAUACCGAGCAUUCCGACUUGGGAACGACCCCGCCCGAGCGCGACGUUUGGCCACUCCUCCACGUGUGCCGCGAGUGGCGCCACGUUGCCCUCGCCACACCGCAUCUCUGGAGGCACGUAUCUUUGGCAUGGUCGCCUAGGCUCAUCUCGCUCGCGAUCGCCUGCUCGAGUAACGAAGAAGACAAGGCUCUUCUGACACUCCAUUGCACUGAACAGCCUGUUCCCUCGCCCGACGACGCGAAGAUUGUCGCUCUUUCAGAGGGUCUCUCCCGGGUGAAAGGCAUGUUCUUGGUCCGUCGCGAUAUCUCUCAGGACAAUGCACUCCAGCGUACGCUCUCCCUCCUCGGCUCCUCGCUCGAAACUCUUGUCGUUGUUUCCCUCGAACCGAAUCCCCUCCAGCUACCGACACUAGCCUCUCUGAGACGCCUACACGUGAAAGGCUGCGGCAUUCGUUUUGUCGAUCCAGCACUGUGCCCCCUGACUCACCUGAUCAUCGCUGGCGGCUCUGCGUCAAAGCCUGUAAUGACGCUUCGUGAUAUCCAUCGGCUGCAUGCCGCCUUGACCGUGAUAGAAUUGGCUGGCUCCAUCGCCAUGUCUAACAGCAAUGAACCUCACCACAGCCUCGAACAAAUCCAUAUGUCGUGCAGCAACCCAUGUCUUCAGCGCAUCUCCAUUGAGAGUGACCUAUUGACAUCCCAGACACUCUUCAAACUCAUCGACGCUCCACCCACUACACAACUGCAUAUGCGUUGCUCUUCCCUUUCUCCGUCCGAGGGGCCGCUAGAGAUGGAUAACCCGGUUCUCUUCCUUUCGCUUGUGAACAUAACUUCCGAGCAGCGCUGGAUGCCGACGCCACUCAUCAUCAGCGUCAGUGAAUUGUCCCUUCGCCAGUACCGGACCACCCGAGGCUACGGGCUUGUGGUCUCGUGGGGUCCUCCUGCGACAUCAUCUACGGACCAGAAGCCCGAUCUCCGAUUCUCGGUAGACAUGAGCUCUUUUAUCUCGGAAAGCUCGAUGUAUGAUACAUUGAGCGCUCUAGUCCACGUGCUCCCGUAUGACGAUUUUCCUGUGGUCCAUGUCUCCGGCUUUGACUCACCAUCAAGCAACCUUCAGAGGCGCUUGUGGGGACUGUUUAGCUCUGAGAGCAAGAUGACUCACCUCAGCGUUUCUGGUUGCCAUUCCAGAGGACUCCUUAAUGCUUUCAAACAAGGUUUACCUCGCGCCCCGUCACAGCAGCAACCGAGAUCUCCUCUGCGCCUCCGGUUUUCCAACUUGUUUUCACGCUCCUCCACAUCGACUACUCGCGAGCCUGCUUCGCCAUCAUACGCAGACGGCACAUUUGUGCCCUUGCUAACACAACUAUUGAUCGAUGGCUCUAUGUGA